AUGAGAAACUGCAGAGAUUUGUUUGAAGACAAAUUCAAGAAAAGAUUGCGUAUCGAAUAAAAAAAAAUAGCCCGAUCCAAAACACUUCCCCUAACCUCGAUCUACCAAUUCCACUUCAUCCCUUGUCGGGUUUUAUCGUUUCCACUGCAUUCCAUCCGUUCGAAGUGCGUUUAAAUGGUCGUUCUGGUUAACUGCCAACAUUGUGGGUAUUACCACUUUACCGUGCUCCAUUUGUUUAUCAUCAUCAUCAUCAUCAUCAUCAUCAUCAUCAUCAUCAUCACCAUCAUCAUCAUCAUAGUCAUCGUCCUUGUAGUCGUAGUUAUCGUCAUCAUCAUCGUCAUCGACUAGCUAUGAUGAAUCAUCGCAAAUGCGUAUUGCCUCUCGUUUAAUCACGAAAUACCUUCGAUCUUCCUCUCAAAGUGCUAACAUAAUUCGUUUCUCUCUCUCUCUCUCUCUGUCUCUCUAUCCAUCUAUCUAUGUAUCUAUCUGUGUAUCUAUCUAUCUAUCUUCCUCUAACGCUUUAUUAGAGGUCAAUUAUGAUGAAUGAAAAAAUAAAGAUUGACGAAAAGAAACAAAAAAAAAACAAAAAGAAAAAGAAAAGAAACGUACGUCAUAAACGUAUAUUAUCAAGUACCAUAAUUAAAUAUUACAAUUAACGCAUCUUAUUAAAUAUUUAAUAAAUUUAUAACGUUCGUUAUUAUAAUUUACUAUUAAAUACUAUUAAUUACAUAUUCAUAAGAAUUCCAAUAAGAUAUAUUAUUAAUAAAUAUAAAUAUAUUAUCGGCAAAUGUCUAUUGAAAUGAAGCAAUAUGAUAGAAAUAUGUGAAAUAAUAUGAAAACUCGAUGUUACGAUAAAAAUGUUACAAAGCUGAGCAAAAGAGAAAGAAUGAGAAAAAGAAUGAAAGACGGAGAGACGGAGAGAGAAAGAUGAAUCGAUCUCUGUCUUAAUAAGCUUAAAAAUUACGAGCAUGGUUAUUGAAUUGUACAUUAAAGAAAAAAGAAAAAAAAGAGAGAGAGAGAGAGAAAAGAAGGAAAAUCAACGGAAGGAAAAAAUCAAUAAAGAAAAAAAAGAAAAGAAAAAAGAAAAUUCUGUCGUAACCUUCCCGAAGUAAUCACGAGUCUCUACUUCAAAGUCUGCUUACGACGGUACAUGAAAAUCAUAACGAGAGAGAAAGGGAGAGAAAAUAGAAGAAGAAGAAGAAGAAGAAGAGUAAGAAGAAAAAAAAUUUUAACUUUUUCGAGAGUGUUCGUUUGAGAAGAGUAACUCUUAUGCAGUGAGACUUAAAAGAAAGAUAAAUGAUAAGUUCGAAAAGGAAUUCAAAGUUGCGUCGAGAAACUAAAUACAUCUCUGGAGUUUAUCUUUGAUCAACAUCGUCAUCGCAAAAGAAAAGAGAGAGAAAGAGAGAAAGAAAGAAAGAAAGAAAGAGAGAGAGAGAGAGAGAGAGAGAGAGAGAGAGAGAGAAUACGUGAGAGAUUAUGAGAAAAACACGAAAGUCGAAUUUCUCCUCGAGAGAAUUCGUACCUGUGAUCUUCUUCUUGUUCAAAGCUUUUUUUCUCACCUUUACUUUCUUUGUUAUAUAUAUAUUUUUUUAUUAUUUUUUUCUUUCUUUUUGUCUCUCUCUCUCUCUCUCUCUCUUUUUCUCUUUCUCUCUCUUUCUGUUUCUCUAUCCGUCCGUCUUUUUCUCUCUCUUUCCUCUCUUAUAUACCUUUUUGCCUCUGGCUCGGUCGUUCUUUCUAUUUUAAUAUGCAAACUCACAAGUUAAUGUACGCCGUCUCUGUUUAUGCACUUCUUUCGAGAACAUUCCGCACGCAGUCCCUUUUCCGCAUCAAAUGCGGAAUCAUUUUCCUUUACUUUCUCGGAGAAGGACAAGCAACUAACCAAGUCAAAACGAUAUAAAGAAAUUGCGAAGGGAGAACGAGCAGCUGCGAAGAGAGAUAUGGAGCCUACGGGACGAGUACGAUAAGCUCGAGGAGAUAUUGAAGAGACAAAAGAAUCAACCCGAAAGCGACGAAUCCGAGGAUCGCUCAGAAGAGGAUGACGACGAGGAGCUGCAUUCGGAUUAUUCCGAUGAGAACGUGCACGAGGAAGAACCUAUGGGAACCAGUGAUGAAAAAGAAAGGAGGACGCGUUUACGCGAUCGUGAGGAACAAUUAGAGAACGUGGAAAAUCAAAAAAUAUCGACGGAAAAGAUGAACGGUAACAAUAAUAAUUUGUUGCACCGUUUGCACGUUGAUUUCGAUGAUCUAUCGGUGGUAGACGAGGAAGAGGAAUUGAAAAAGGAUAAGGAUAGAAAAUAUGAGCCUACUGCGAUUACCACAAACGAGGAAAAUCAAAGAAAACCGAACGUAAGGUUGUUCGAUACAAUUAGAAAACUUCACGACAAUAUACCAUUUUAUCCAGGAACCUACGAGUCUUGUCAAGGUUAUACAGAACCGAAUUAUUUUGGAGAUUGUCCGUUCGAGUGUCCAAACACGAUCGUCGAUCCAUCGAUAUCCGGUAAUAACGUAUCAACAGUUAUACCUUUCCCUUGUCCAAACCUUUACGCGGAUCCAUUGAUACCACUUGGCAAUCUGGAUUCACCGUUAUUAAAUCCGAUGAACGAUAAUAAUCUAUCGGAUAUUCAGGUCGUUCCACCAAUCGGUUGGCAAAACAAUUUGUUAGUUUCGGAAACUAAGCAAUUGUCAAGUUACACCGGUAUAUCAAAUUCAAAUAUAGGAGUUACGGAUUUCGAAAGAAGGACCUCUCAAUUGGUUACCAACAAUGGCCAAAGUAUGGUUAACAGUUCGAAUCUGAUAAGAGAUAGGAGACAUUUGGAUUCUAUGGAAAUUCAAGGUAAACAAUUUCCUUCGAGAUUGUUUGACAUUGACUCGCAUUCGUACGUUCCCAGACAAGAGAUUGAUUCGAGUAAUGUUUGGGAUGAUGACAUCGAUGAACAAUCGAUCGAACAAAAUUUGGAGGACAAUGAAAGAAGAGUAAUCAAUGAUCGUAAUGUCGAGAACGAAGAGAAAGAUACCGAAGAGACUUAUUCGUACGGUGUUGCGGAGAAGCGAAAACAUUUUUUCGCUCCGUUGGCAACAUUGAAACCAAAGAAAUUACUAGACGAGGAUUCACCAAAUGUCUGCGGUAACAAUUAUUACUUCGGUACUGGUAACAGUUCGAGUAGCGGUAAAACAGGAUCCACAGUUAUAUGUGGUAACAAUAAUAAUCAAUUGUUAGGACUACGAAAGGGUUCGGUUGAUGUUUGCGUUAACGGUGCUGUCUCAUAUGGGAAUAAUUUCGUUCAGACGAGCAAGGACGAUUUACAAAGAACUUACCUCAGUACGGAGAAUCUCUCCGUGAUGAAAUCGAUACCGAUCAAUCAACUGACCAAGUCGAUGUCUUGUCAGGAUUUAACGAGCGACAAUCAAAGUAUUACAAGGACCAACAAUAAUAACGAGAUUGGACAGACGAUGAUAACGACCAAGAGCGACAAUACAUUGGACAAUUUCAAUAACGUCGACAAUUCGACGACUAAGGCAUACAAAUCGCAUUUAAACGUGACUUUAAAGAUACCUCGUAAGGAACCAGAGAUAACUGUUAAUACACCCGAGAUUCCGCAGUUACCAACUUUGGAUUAUAGAAUUCUAACGAAUCCAUUUCUACGAACGAAUAUCGAACGAAUCGGUCUCGAGUGUCCCGAACGAGAUUCUCCAUUAACCAAACCACUUUCAGUUCAAAUAAGUGAAAACAAUAUGAAUUACAAUUAUCCGGGUUCACCGUUAUCGUCGUUACUGCCUCCUCCGCAACCACCACCCCCACCUCCGCCACCGCCACCACCACCACCACCACCUCUGCCACCUCCAACGAGUUUUGUUCGAGGACUACGACCUAGCGAGAGAUAUCGCAGAAGGCAAGGAAACAUUACGACAGCCGUUGAUCAGAAUAAUCGUUUGUUGAUUCCAACCGAUCAACUGAUCGUUAAAAAAAGUCUUCCUUCGUCGGCGCAAGACUUUCAAGUGACAUCUUUCGAAAGACCAAGUCCUCACACGUUGUUACCAUCUUCUAUGCCGUAUGACCUUGAAACCUUACGAAGAAUAAACGCUACGCGUUAUAUGCACAAUCAGAAUCAGAAUCUUUAUCAGAACGUACCGUUCGUACCGGGCGGAGCAGCACCAACCGGUCACGUUUGUCAUAACAUCAGAAUGUAUUACGAUCAGAUUAAAAACAAGGUACAAGCUCAAACGCAAACCUCCAUCGAUGGUGACUCACAUAUUGAGGACGAACAGAUUCAAUGUUCUCGUCAGGAUGAUGACAACGUUAGUUUACCGAACACGCCGAGCGUAAUCAGACGGAACAAACGUGCGAUAAAGAAGGACAAACUUUUAAUUAAACAAUCUAUAUCGCCACACGCUCAAAGGAAAUUGAAAAAACAGAGCAGCGUUACGUCGACCGAAACGAUGCCGGAUUCACCUGACAAAUCGGUUAGAGGUCAAAGGACAAGGAAACUCAGCGUUACUACUACAACGACGUCUGAUGCUCUUGAGGAUAAGAACGAAAGUAGAUCGUCAUCCUCCGGACAAGAUUCACCAAGGAAAGAUCAAAUAAGACGAGUAUCCUCUUAUUUCAAUCCUAAGAAACGGUCAUCCGUAACGUCGAUAAAAACAACCAGAAGCGGUAGUUUGGAAACUACGAGGGAAAAAUAUUCUGACGGUUUGACAACCGCCAAUUCGGAUAAGGAAAUGAUGAACUCUGGUAAUAUCAGGGACAGUUUAGUUAAAUCGAGAAAGGGUAGCACCAGUAGUGGAAAUGUACCAUGGUGUGCAUGUUGGGGUAACGGUUGCAUUUGAUUUCCAUUUGAGUUACCUCAUUUGCGGUUACUGUUCUUUUCGUUAUUAUUGUUGUUGUUUUUGUUGCUGUUGUUGUUGUUGUUGUUGUUGUUAGGGUACGAUUCAAGGGAUAUUAACCCUUUGCACUCGAAACCAUCUCGGAAAUUACCUAUCUACCAGCAAUUUAGAAGCACUUUGUUGCGAAAACGUGGACUCCUAGGAUUCGCGUCAUAUCAUAUAGUAUAGUUUUGGAAUCAAGUAAUAUAUUAUAAUGAUAUUUCAUUUAUAUAAGUUUGCAGACAUUGAGCGAUAUAUUCUUUUGCAAAAAAAAAAAAAAUCAAAACUUGUUUUUCUAUAAUUUUCUACGGUAUGAUCAAUUUUAAAACAAUUCUUCUGCAUCAUUUUCAUCGCUAUCAUUAUCUAUGAGAUUUGUUCGUUUUCUUGUCAGUUGGAUGAUAUAUCACUAUAUCACUAUUAUCAUUUUCGUUGAGAUUAAUAUUUAUUUUUCACUAUUGUUUCCAUCGUAAGACUCAUUCGUGUUUGGUCCUUUUGCCAUUGUUCUAAAAAAAAAAAAAAAAAGAAAAAAAAUGGGCAAAUAAAUCGAUUGAAAAUUUCUAAUCGUAAAUUACGAAAUCACAAGACGAUAUAUAUCAAAAGAAUAUCAUUUUUUAAUUUUCUAAUUUAUCGAAGAAAUCUAUCUAUAUUGUUUGACGCUUCAAUGAACGAACCGAGUUCAGCUUUCUCCGAUUUUAAAAUUGCUUGUUUAUUUUUUAAUUAAAUUUCACUAUAUCGUACAAAGUAUAUUCGAUUUUUACUAUAUCAAUCUUUCUUAUCACUCUCUUUAAGCGGACUAGAAAAACAUGCAACUUAGCAUCUUCUCUUUCUGUUAUAUUUUUUUAGAUAUAUCUUGCUAAUUGUACCAUUUCUUCAUUUGCUUUUCCUGCGGUUGUUUCGAUAGAAACAUAGGUUUCUCAAAAAGUUGCGUUGGAAUUAUUUAAUCCACCAUAAUCACUAAUCAAUUCUAAUAUCUUCUCAUAGAACAAAUGAUCAAGAUAUCUCUUUGAGAGAUCGCUAAAAUUUAAUUUCAUCGUUAGAGUUCAAGAUAGUUCUUCAAAGAAAUUUUGUAGAUUCCAAAUGAAGAAGUCAUGAAUAUAUACUAUUUGAAAACGUUUGAAAAUAUGAGUUUGACAUAUAUACGGAUGAAAAGUUGGAAAAUCAUUUGGAAAUUCAAAUAUACGAGUGGAGGGUUCGGUUACGACAACGAAAUGGGACCACGAUAAAUUCAACAACGGUGAGAUAAACUAACCUCAACUAACCUCAAUGUCAUUUUACAAAGUUACUAUCCGUAUAGGUUACUACUGGUGCGUAACAUAUAUUACGUAGGUUACGUACGUAUUUUCACCUAAGUGAAAUUGUGAAUAAGUGUAUCAUAAAAUGAACGUCGCACCUGGAUAUUAACCAUAAAACUAAUCUGGAAUCUGUGACUCCUUCGCAAACGAAGUGAAUCGACAUAAACGCGUGUAUAUGUACGUGUGUAUAUGUAUAUGUAUAUGUAUAUAUAUAUAUGCACACGUGUGGAUGUGUGUGUGUGUGUGUACGUUCGUGUGAACGUGCUAGAAAGCGAACAAAUAUUACCGUGUAAAAUACGAACAUGCCUUGGUAAUAAGGGUCAAAGACCUUGUUGAAGGGUGUAAAAAUAUGAAAAAAGUUUUCACGGGAUCUUGCUCUUCAUAUUUUACGAUUUACCAUAUAUAAAAUCUAAUAUUAUUUUAUAGCCGUAAAUGUGUAAGUAAUAUAUAGUAUAUACAUGUUGUAUGUAUGUAUGUAUGUAUGUAUGUAUGUAUGUACGUACGCACACGUAUAUAUGUACCGGUACGUCAAAACGUACGAGUAUUGAAUUUAAUAUUGGUCUCUCUGGAGAAAAAAAAGAAAGGAAAAAAAAAAAAAAAUUCUAUGCAUUUAUGUGUAGUUACUGAUAAUUUUAAUCAUACUAAUGAACGUUGUAGAGUAACCAAAUGGGGAAAAAAAAGAAAAAGAAAUAUAGAAAGAUAAAAAAAAAAGAUUAUUUCUACGUUAGAAUUAAUAAUCUUCUCAUUUUAUACUUUGGGAACAUUCGAUCGUUUGUAAAAUUAUAUAUAUAUACAUAUUUAUUUAUUUAUAUAAUUAAUAAAUAAAUAAAAAAGAAAUAAAUAAAUAAAUAUCGUGUAAGCAAAUACGUGUAAAAAUACACACAAGUUGUAUUUAUUAUUUAUUCCCUUGUUCGAACCAUUGAUCAAUUUAAUUCCCUUUCAUUUUGCUCGUUUUAAAUACGAUACCAAGACGAACACGAAUACGAUAGGAUCGAUCGAUCAUCAAUAAAUCAAAGUUUUCUCUGUGGAUGUUGGAUUUCGGUGGAAGAGGAUUACGUCCUUCGAUAAUCCAGAUCAUCGAUAAUUUGUUUCAUCACUACCGACUAGAGUAAGAUCGAUCUCAGGAUACCGAAAUUUAUUAAUGUUCAACGACGUGAACGAGAGGAGUACUUUAUGCCCGGAGAAAAGUUACCGUAGGAACAUCCGGCUUGAAAACUUCGAGAGAGCUACCGUUAAAACUUCCUUCUCCCUAAAGUUUCACUGCGGAAGUUUUCGUUUCCGCUUCAUUAUGAGUAUACGAAGAAGAAUGGUAGGGACUUGAAAUUAAUAAAAGAAAAAC